ACCGCUGCGGCAGGCUUAGGAGCCAAGUGGGCCCCGGCCCUCAGUCCUGCUGAGUCCGCGCUCCUGAACUCCCCAUCUUCUCCGGCCGACCCGCGAUCACCGAGGCGGCCUCGUGGCCCCUAGCCCCUUCCCUGUCCCUCCCCUGUCCCCGUCCCUGCCCCGGGGGGCCACUGCCACCCGCCUCCCACGAUGGCUCUGAAGAGAAUCCACAAGGAAUUGAAUGACCUGGCACGGGACCCCCCAGCACAGUGUUCAGCAGGUCCUGUUGGAGAUGAUAUGUUCCAUUGGCAAGCUACAAUAAUGGGGCCAAAUGACAGUCCCUAUCAGGGUGCAGUAUUUUUCUUGACAAUUCAUUUCCCAACAGAUUACCCCUUCAAGCCACCUAAGGUUGCAUUUACAACAAGAAUUUAUCAUCCAAAUAUUAACAGUAAUGGCAGCAUUUGUCUUGAUAUUCUCCGGUCACAGUGGUCUCCAGCACUAACUAUUUCAAAAGUACUCUUGUCCAUCUGUUCUCUGUUGUAUGAUCACAAUCCAGAUGAUCCUUUAGUGCCUGAGAUUGCUCGGAUCUACAAAACAGAUAGAGAAAAGUACAACAGAAUAGCUCGGGAAUGGACUCAGAAGUAUGCGAUGUAAUUAAAGAAAUUAUUGGAUAACCUCUACAAAUAAAGAUAAGGGAACUCUGAAAGAGAAAUGUGUGUGUGACAAGCCAGUUC